AUGUCGACCAAACUUCCACUGAACGUGAAGAAAGCCAUACGUGAUUUCUAUGACCCAACGAUACCUGAUCUUGUAGACAAAAUACGAAAUGCAACACUAGAAGAAUUCGAGUUUGGGUUAAACUGGGAACACGUAUACGCAAAAGUCAGUGGAAAAUAUAUUGGCGAGGAUUUCGUGAAAAAAGUUCUCUCCUACUUUUUCUACACUACCGCAUCUAUUCAAAAGAAAUGUAAUGAUGAUAAUUUAAUCGGGGAAGCGUUAUUGGAGAAAUGCACUUCCCGAAGAAUAAUAUUCGAAGUUGUGGAAAAUUCACCCGGGGAACGUGAUCCUACCACUGUUUUUGAACAAGGGGUAAUGUAUGUGAGGACGACUGUGGAAAAUUUCGGAGAUAAAGUUGAUCAAGCUGCUGCUUACUUUGAAGAGAGUUUUGAUGGAUUUGGACCCGUUUCUGAUAAACUUGCAACUAAAGAUCUAAGAACUGCACUACCAACCCUCAAUCAAAUAUCGUCAGUACUAACAAACACCCCGCAAUAUGCGAUCAUUCGACUUAAACGAGGUGAACGCAUGUGUGAAGAUUCUCUUACCAUUGAUGGACCCAAUGAACUUUUACAUCAAUUACAUGAUUGGAUUCAAAAAAAUAUUGCACCAAAUUCAAAUUUCCGAGAACCAGCAUCGAUUCGGUUUCUCCAAUCGUUAUGUCAAAAAGAAUUAUUUAUAGAAAGUAAUGGCUCAAAUGUUUUAUAUAAUUUUAGCGUUGCAAGUAUUUUGCAAGCGAUGGAAGGGGUUGGGUAUCAAUUGUCACAGAGCAUUCUAGACUUUUCGCAAGAUCUUGACGUCGCUAAGCUCGAUGCAGUCGUUAAAACACUCUAUACAGCUUCUGGCCCUGAACAACAAAUGGCCCAACAAAUCCUUUCCAAUUUUCAAAAUCACCCAGAAGCCUGGUUAAGAGUUGACGCAAUCCUUGAAAAAUCACAGUUCUCUUACACCAAGUACCUCGCUCUUCAAAUACUUGAAAAAUUAAUUCAAACGCGUUGGAAAAUCCUUCCUGCUGAACAACAAAUGGGUAUUCGCAGUUAUAUUGUCAAUAUAAUUUUGAGUACUUCUGAAAAUGAACAGACUCUUCGUAAAGAAAAGACAUAUCUGAAUAAACUUAAUUUGAUCUUGGUUCAGAUUCUCAAACAAGAAUGGCCCCAUAAUUGGCCGGGAUUUAUUCCAGAAAUUGUUUCUACAGGCAGACAAAAUUUAGUUGUAUGCGAAAAUAAUAUGGCCAUUUUAAAAUUAUUAAGUGAAGAGAUCUUUGAUUAUUCAGCCGAACAGAUGACACAAGUAAAAACGAGAAAUCUGAAAACUCAAAUGUGUCAGGAAUUCGGACAAAUAUUCGAGCUAUGUAAUGAAGUGCUGGAGAAAGCUCAACAACCAAGUCUGAUAAGAGCUACCCUGGAAACACUAUUAAGAUUUUUAAAUUGGAUUCCACUCGGCUAUAUCUUUGAGACUAACAUUAUAGAUUCUUUGCGCUCGAGGUUCUUGGAAAUUCCCGAAUAUCGAAAUGUAACAUUAAAGUGUUUAACUGAAAUUGGAGCAUUACAAGUGGAUGCACAAUAUAACGAUAAAUUUGUUUUACUCUUUGAUUUGGUUGUGUCGGCUGUCUCUGCGAUGAUUCCACAAAAUACAAAUCUUGCUGCAAUUUAUCAAUCUAGCAGUAAUGAAGAACAGGAAUUUAUACAAAACCUUGCAAUCUUUUUCACAAGUUUCUUGAGUGCACACUUAAAGAUUCUUGAAACUCCACAAAGUCAGCCGAAUUUGCAGCGUGCACAUUAUUAUCUCCUCUACAUAACACAAGUGGAAGAACGAGAGGUGUUUAAAGUUUGUUUAGAAUAUUGGACCAAACUGGUCGCUGAAUUAUAUGAAGAGAUUCAGCAAAUGCCAGUACCAGUAUAUGAGAUGUCUCUUGUUAUGGCUCCUGGCAUCAUACCUGGGCCACAACUUUCCAGUAUUCAGUUAAGAAAACAUUUAUAUGCUGACAUUUUAUCUGCUUUACGAACAGUUAUGAUUGACCGCAUGGUCAAACCAGAGGAGGUGCUUAUUGUCGAAAAUGACGAAGGAGAAAUCGUGCGCGAAUUUAUGAAAGACAGUGACACAAUCACGUUAUAUAAAAGUAUGCGCGAGUGUCUAGUUUACCUUACGCACUUGGAUGUACAAAAUACUGAAGCUAUUAUGUCGGAUAAAUUAACUAAACAGGUUGAUGGGUCAGAGUGGUCUUGGGCUAAUCUAAAUAAACUUUGUUGGGCAAUUGGAUCCAUAUCAGGCGCAAUGAACGAAGAUACCGAAAAGAGAUUUCUGGUUACAGUUAUCAAAGAGCUUCUCAGUCUCUGCGAGGCAAAACGUGGCAAAGAUAAUAAGGCUAUUGUGGCCUCCAAUAUUAUGUAUAUUGUCGGACAGUAUCCACGUUUUCUCAAAGCUCACUGGAAAUUCUUGAAAACAGUAGUCAAUAAACUUUUUGAAUUCAUGCACGAAACUCAUGAAGGUGUACAGGAUAUGGCUUGCGAUACUUUUAUAAAGAUUGCACAGAAAUGUAAGCGACAAUUUGUUGCCCAACAAGCCGGCGAACUUUACCCAUUCAUUGACGAAAUCAUCGGCACAAUUGAUAAGAUUACACAAGACUUGUCAUAUCAACAGGUACAAACAUUCUACGAAGCUGUUGGUUACAUGAUAUCAGCACAAACCACGAAAAAUAUACAAGAACGUCUUAUAGUAUCGUUAAUGGAACAACCGAAUGUCGCGUGGGAUCAAAGGCUAGCUGAAAUAGCACAGAAUUUGGCGGCUUUGGAUGUUUCAGAGAACGUUAAACUACUUGGACAUGUACUGAAAACAAAUGUAGCUGCUUGUACCUCUAUUGGAUCUGGGUAUUCGGUUCAGCUAGGCCGAAUUUAUUUACAUUUAUUAGAGUUAUACAAAGCGGUGAGCAAACGAAUUUCGGAUUCAGUAGUUGAGCAAGGCUUAAUUGCAACAAAGACACCUCGGAUACGUGGAUGGCGAACUGUCAAGAAAGAAACGUUGAAACUGAUGGAAACUUACAUCAACAAGGCAGAAGAUCUUGAACAAGUAAAAACACAUUUACUGCCACCAUUUUUCCAGGCCGUCCUUAUUGACUAUAAUCAGAAUGUCGAACCUGCUCGAGAUGCAGAAGUACUGAGUGUAAUGGCUACUAUCAUAUCUAGACUAGGGCCUCUAGUAACACCCGAAGUCCCACAAAUUCUUAACGCGGUAUUUGAAUGCACACUGAAUAUGAUCAAUAAGGACUUUUCCGAGUAUCCAGAACAUCGUGUCGGUUUCUUUAAACUUAUACGUGCUAUCAACUUGAAUUGUUUUGAAGCAUUACUUGGUUUGCCGCCUGCUCAAUUCAAACUUAUCAUGGAUAGCGUUGUUUGGGCUUUUAAACACACCAUGCGUGAUAUUGCAGAUACUGGACUAUAUAUUUGCUAUGAAUUGAUUAACAAUAUAUCCAACCAAGACAUCAAUACUGCUAAUGUCUUUUAUCAACAAUACUUUUUAAGUCUAAUACAGGAUAUAUUUUAUGUCUUGACAGAUGCUGAUCACAAGAGUGGAUUCAAGAUGCAAAGCACGGUACUUGCACGUAUGUUUCAUCUUGUGGAGACGGGAGCUGUCCAAGCACCUUUAUAUAACCCAUCGGAAGUUACUGAUCCAACAAUGACGAAUCUUCAAUUUCUGAGAGAAUAUGUUAUGAAUCUAUUGAAAAAUGCAUUCGCGCAUCUCCAAAGGACGCAAAUUCAAGUAUUUGUAAUGGGUCUAUUUGAGCUAAACCAAGAUCCCGCCAAAUUCAAAUUACAUUUGCGAGAUUUCUUGAUUCAAUUAAAAGAAUUCGCUGGAGACAAUACAGAUCUUUAUCUUGAUGAGCGGGAGGCAGAGCUAGAACGAAAGAAAAAAGAAGCGAUGGAGAGUGCUCUUAAGAUUCCUGGUCUUGUAAAACCCGCUGAUUUGCCAAUGGAUGAAGAAGAAUAG